AUGCACGUGUCUCAUCUCGUUCAUUCGUCUGCACCCACAGAGACCUACACGUGUCCCACGUCUCACUUCAAGUGUAAUAACCACUUCUGUGUCCCCAGCGAGAACGUCUGUGAUUUCCACGACCACUGCGGCGACGCCUCCGACGAGCACCACUGUCACCACCGGCAGUGCUGGAAGGCGGAGUUCGAGUGUUCCAACGGACAGUGUGUUCGUCCUGGGAGAGUCUGUGACGGCCAUCACCACUGUAAGGACGGCUCUGAUGAGGUCGCUUGUACCACAGAAGACUUCGCUGUGUGUGGGUCGGGGUCGCGAGUACACAGGUUCUUCUGGUGUGACGGCUGGCCAGACUGCCCUGACAACCAUGCUGACGAGCUACACUGUGGAGAAUGCGAGGAAGGAAGGCAGCACAAGUGUGCCAACACCAGGUGUAUCCUGGCCAGCAAUCUUUGUGAUUCAUUUUGUGACUGUGUACCUGACUGUGAUGACGAGACUCAUUGUACCACUGCCCUCUACACCCGUCUAGAUGGUGUGAGCAGGUGCGAGGUCGGCGCAGCGCUAACCUGUAUGGUCGCCAAUCUAGACCGCUCUAAGGACAGGUGUAUCUCGCACUCACACCUGUGUGAUGGCCGCAGUGACUGCCACAAUGGUCGAUACCUCAACGAUGAAUCUGGCUGUGCAGUGAGAGGGAGUGAGAGGGAGGAAGGGUCAGUGUGUGCGGAGGUACGACCACUCAACCAGAGUCAGGAGGAGCGGCCAGUCAACCACAGUGAGUGGUUCUUCUGCCAGGAUGGUCGUUGUCUGCCUAGCAGCCUACUCUGCGACUUUAAGUACGACUGUCUGCAUGGUGACGAUGAAUUCCAGUGUGAGCACCCUGAGUGUAGUACUUCUGAAUGGCGGUGCCUGAGUGGUCAGUGCAUCCCCCGGAGUGGCCGAUGUGACCUCAAAUACCAAUGUUUCGACAAGACAGAUGAAAUUGCGUGUGGAGAGGAGAGGUGUGACCCAGGAACGUUGAGGUGUGACACUGGACAGUGUAUCUCUCCGGACCUUUGGUGUGAUUGGAUCCCUGAUUGUCCAGACGCCUCAGAUGAGCGCUACUGUGGACGCAGCAGUGUGUGCAGCAGUGGAGAGUUCCGGUGCAGCAGCGGUCAGUGUAUCCCAGCUCAUCUGCGCUGUGAUGCUGCGGUGGACAAGAGGAACGGCUGUGCAGAUCUCUCUCACCUCCUCAACUGCUCUGGUUAUGAAUGUGGUCGUGACCAGCUGAGGUGUGGCUCUGGUCCCUGUCUAGACAACCACAGAGUCUGUGAUGGCCACGUAGAUUGUCCUCUCACCUGGGAUGACGAGGAUAACUGCCUCGAGUUGCGACCCUUUACACUUAAGACUCAGAAACCCAGCAAGGGAGCUACACGCCUCAGGGACCCAGCAAGGGAUCUACAUGUCUCAGGAACCCAGCAAGGGAGCUACACGCCUCAGGAACCCAGCAAGGGAGCUACAUGCCUCAGGGACCCAGCAAGGGAGCUACACGCCUCAGGGACCCAGCAAGGGAGCUACACGCCUCAGGGACCCAGCAAGGGAGCUACACGCCUCAGGGACCCAGCAAGGGAGCUACACGCCUCAGGGACCCAGCAAGGGAGCUACAUGCCUCAGGAACCCAGCAAGGGAGCUACACGCCUCAGGGACCCAGCAAGGGAGCUACACGCCUCAGGGACCCAGCAAGGGAGCUACACGCCUCAGGGACCCAGCAAGGGAGCUACACGCCUCAGGGACCCAGCAAGGGAGAUACACGCUUCAGGAACCCAGCCAGGGAGCUACACGCUUCAGGAACCCAGCAAGGGAGCUACACGCUUCAGGAACCCAGCAAGGGAGCUACAUCCUUCAGGAACCCAGCAAGGGAGCUACACGCCUCAGGAACCCAGUAAGGGAGCUACACGCCUGAGGAACCCAGCAAGGGAGCUACACGCCUCAGGGACCCAGCAAGGGAGCUACACGCCUCAGGGACCCAGCAAGGGAGCUACACGCCUCAGGGACCCAGCAAGGGAGAUACACGCUUCAGGAACCCAGCCAGGGAGCUACACGCUUCAGGAACCCAGCCAGGGAGCUACACGCUUCAGGAACCCAGCAAGGGAGCUACACGCUUCAGGAACCCAGCAAGGGAGCUACAUCCUUCAGGAACCCAGCAAGGGAGCUACACGCCUCAGGAACCCAGAACCCAGCAAGGGAGCUACACGCCUCAGGGACCCAGCAAGGGAUCUACAUGUCUCAGGAACCCAGCAAGGGAGCUACACGCCUCAGGGACCCAGCAAGGGAGCUACACGCCUCAGGGACCCAGCAAGGGAGCUACACGCUUCAGGAACCCAGCCAGGGAGCUACACGCUUCAGGAACCCAGCCAGGGAGCUACACGCUUCAGGAACCCAGCAAGGGAGCUACAUGCCUCAGGAACCCAGCAAGGGAGCUACACGCUUCAGGAACCCAGCAAGGGAGCUACAUCCUUCAGGAACCCAGCAAGGGAGCUACACGCCUCAGGAACCCAGCAAGGGAGCUACACGCCUCAGGAACCCAGCAAGGGAGCUACACGCCUCAGGAACCCAGCAAGGGAGCUACACGCCUCAGGAACCCAGCAAGGGAGCUACACGCCUCAGGAACCCAGCAAGGGAGCUACACGCCUCAGGAAACCAGCAAGGGAGCUACAUGCCUCAGGAACCCAGCAAUGGAGCUACAUGCCUCAGGAACCUAGCAAGGGAACUACACGCCUCAGGGACUCAGCAAGGGAUCUACAUGUCUCAGGAACCCAGCAAGGGAGCUACACGCCUCAGGGACCCAGCAAGGGAGCUACACGCCUCAGGAACCCAGCCAGGGAGCUACACGCUUCAGGAACCCAGCCAGGGAGCUACACGCUUCAGGAACCCAGCCAGGGAGCUACACGCUUCAGGAACCCAGCCAGGGAGCUACACGCUUCAGGAACCCAGCCAGGGAGCUACAUGCCUCAGGAACCCAGCAAGGGAGCUACACGCUUCAGGAACCCAGCAAGGGAGCUACAUCCUUCAGGAACCCAGCAAGGGAGCUACACGCCUCAGGAACCCAGCAAGGGAGAUACACGCCUCAGGAACCCAGCAAGGGAGAUACACGCCUCAGGAACCCAGCAAGGGAGAUACACGCCUCAGGAACCCAGCAAUGGAGCUACAUGCCUCAGGAACCCAGCAAGGGAGCUACACGCCUCAGGAACCCAGCAAGGGAGCUACACGCCUCAGGAAACCAGCAAGGGAGCUGCACGCCUCAGCAACCCAGCAAGGGAGCUACACGCCUCAGGAAACCAGCAAGGGAGCUACACGCCUCAGGAAACCAGCAAGGGAGCUACACGCCUCAGCAACCCAGCAAGGGAGCUUCGCACCUCAAGAAUUCAGUCAAGUGUGCCAUUCAAAAAGGAAGUCAUCAACUGCUACACAUGUGUCAACUGCUACACAUGUGUCAACUGCUACACAUGUGUCAACUGCUACACACUGUCAACUGCUACACAUGUGUCAACUGCUACACAUGUGUCAACUGCUACACAUGUGUCAACUGCUACACAUGUGUCAACUGCUACACAUGUGUCAACUGCUACACAUGUGUCCAACUGCUACACAUGUGUCAACUGCUACACAUGUGUCAACUGCUACACAUGUGUCAACUGCUACACAUGUGUCAACUGCUACACAUGUGUCAACUGCUACACAUUUCCUCCACCUGGACUCGUUCCUCCACCUGGACUCGUUCCUCCACCUGGACUCGUUCCCUCCACCUGGACUCGUUCCUCCACCUGGACUCGUUCCUCCACUGGACUCGUUCCUCCACCUGGCCUCGUUCCUCCACCUGGCCUCGUUCCUCCACCUGGCCUCGUUCCUCCACCUGGCCUCGUUCCUCCACCUGGCCUCGUUCCUCCACCUGGCCUCGUUCCUCCACCUGGCCUCGUUCCUCCACCUGGCCUCGUUUCCGCACCUGGCCUCGUUCCUCCAAUUGGCCUCGUUCCUGCACCUCAUUACAUUCCUUCGCCUGGCCUCGUUCCUCCAAUUGGCCUCGUUCCUGCACCUCAUUACAUUCCUUCGCCUGGCCUCGUUCCUCCAGGCAGUCGAAUGUCCGGCAACUACAUCAACCACACAUUGACAACCACAACCUUCAGGAAGUAUUCUUACAUCGUUUUUCUGGACCUGAGCAACAACAGUGUGCGAAGUCUACCAGCUGGGGUGUUCGUGAGCCUGGGCCGGCUGCGCAUCCUCGACCUUCGGGACAACCAGCUCUCAGCCCUCCACAACUCCACCUUCCUCGGCCUGGCCAGCCUCAGGACUCUACACCUGACGGGCAACAGACUGGUCACUAUUGACGGGUGGUCGCUGUAUGGUCUCUCAUCGCUCUCCGCAUUAGACCUGAGCAGGCAGGGACUGAUCAACCUCACUACCCGCUCCUUUGUCGGCCUCAGGACGCUCCUCAACCUGAACCUGUCUCACAACCAGCUGGUCGACCUUCCAGAUGGCACCUUCAGUGGACUCUCUAACCUGCUGUCUCUAGACCUCAGAGGUAAUCCAGUGGAUGCUAUGGCCGCCCGACUCUUCACUGGCCUCACUAACCUUCACCACCUGUGGACUGAUGAGUUCCGCUUCUGCUGCUUGGCUCGCCACGUCCGUCAGUGUCUGCCUGAACCUGAUGAGUUCAGCUCGUGUGAGGACCUGAUGAGCAACAAUGUUUUGCGGGUGUGUGUGUGGGUACUGGGCUCCCUGGCACUAGCAGGCAACCUCUUAGUUAUCAUCUGGCGACUUCUCUAUCACACUGAUAACAAGGUUCACUCCUUCCUGAUCACCAACCUGGCGCUGGGGGACCUGUGUAUGGGACUCUAUUUGCUGAUUAUCGCUGCAGUAGAUGUGCAUUACCGCGGUGUCUACUUCAUCUACGACGCCUUCUGGCGUACCUCAACACUCUGUCAGUUGGCUGGCUUCUUCUCCACGUUCUCCAGUGAGCUCUCUGUCUUCACCCUGACAGUGAUCACUCUGGAGAGGUUGGUGGUGAUAAUGUUCCCAUUUCGAGUGCCUCGUCUGAAUAUGAGAUGGACCAAGGUGAUCAUGACGGUGGUGUGGGUGUGUGUGUGUGUCCUAGCUGCUCUGCCUCUAGCGGAUAUACACUACUUCAGGAACUUUUACGGUCGUUCUGGUGUUUGUUUGGCCCUACACAUCACACACCAGAAGCCCAGCGGCUGGGAGUACUCGGUCUUCGUAUUCCUGGUGUUGAACCUGGCGUCGUUCUCCGUGAUCGCUGGGUCGUACUGGGGGAUGUACCAGGCAGCUCGCUCCUCCAGCGCCGCCGUCAGGAGUGACCAGCAGGAGAGGGAGUCCAGCAUGGCCACCAAGAUGACUAUUAUAGUGGUGACUGAUGCUGCUUGCUGGCUCCCUAUCAUCUUGUUAGGCCUAGUGUCCCUAGCAGGUGUUCCCAUCCCUGCACAGGUGUUUGCGUGGGUUGCAGUGUUUGUGCUGCCACUCAACGCUGCCGUCAACCCACUCCUGUAUACACUCUCAACAGCGCCCUUCUUAGGCAAGGCCAGAGAGCGAGCAGUGAAUGUACGUCACUCCUUCAAACGUUCAGUGCUGCGUCGCACUGCUUCCCCCACUACUGCAGCAGCGAGUCUUACUGGGGAGGCUGCGGUGGUAGUCAAGUCUGGUGAUGUUACUGCCACUAUAUUCAUGUCCGUCACCAACCACGACAAUCACCAGCCAGGCUACUUACCUGCUUCUAACACUACCAAUAUUCUGAACUUCACUCACGAGAGCCCGUGUCAGCACAAGAUGGAAAGCAAUAUGACAAUGUGUGGAGUAAACAGUGUAGAGGAGGGCUCGAGUUUGUUGCCACUAGGAGGAGAGAUUAUCCCGCUUAGUGACCUGACUUCUCCAGGACCAGAAGUCCUUGUUCUUCACUCCUCUCGCAGAAAGCCACCAAGACAACGUCCAGACCUCUACGACUGAGUGAUGUUAUAAUGCAAGUCAUAUCCCACACAAACCUAUGCAGGAAUACUAGCCAUUGUAUCAAAUAUACUAUUGCAGAUUUUCAAUAAUUCCAUAAUAUUGUUUCUUACGACCUGGCCUCGCUUGAACUCGGAGAACAGACUGAAGGUCAAGGGAGCAGAGAUGUACAUUGUAUCAGUGGUUUUCUUAUUCAACAUUUUAAAUAAUUCGCCUGAGAAUAGUCUUUAAUUAAUUUAUAAGUGUUAUCAGUAUUCAUGUCUUAGAAAUAUCUCUAAGUGUCUGCAGCAUUUGUGUUGUAUGCAAAUGUUAGCCUUCAGUCACUGCUGUUUUGUUAAAUUUACUAAACCAUAAGUCAAGAUUUUUAACAGUUAUCAACAGUCACACUAUAAAUGAACUGUAUGUACACCGAGAGAUGUUUAUCUCUGCGUUUAUAAACCGAGUUUAACCCUUAAAAUAGGUAUUAAAGUUAUCAUUCACUUGUUGUAUCCAGUUGACAUAAACUCGUAAUGGUCAUCGUGUAAUACACAAGCUUUAAAUCAAGUUAACCAGCCAAAUAAUACGAUCGUACAUGUAUCAUAUGAAUAAUAUAUCAGGUUUUCACUAAUGGCGCAAUGUAUCAAGUACGGAUGGAAAGCCAUUUAUUGGCUUUCCAUUAAGAUCUCUCUCUCAGUGGAGAGCAAAGCCUGGCAAGGCAUAGAAGGUGAAUAAUAAAUUAUCAAUGUCCCGAUAAAAUGGGAACACUAUCAAGAGCUCUUGAAACAUAACAUAAACCUGGCAAUGAUUCGAGAGAGGUACAGGGCGCCCAUCAAUGUUUAUUAUUAUUAUUAUUAUUAUUAUUAUUAUUCACGAAAUCAUAAUAAAAUGAUUGUACAAAUCAUGGAGCGGUAAGACUCAAACCCACGGGUUCAAACCCCACCCGUUCUGUGAUUUAUUCUAAUUUUAGUUAUAAAACAUCAAAAUAAUGUGGACACCUGUCAAUAUAUUGAGCAACCCACGGGUAGACAGUGUAAAAAAAGUUGUGUUGACAGCUGAAGGUCUCAGAAGAAGGUCGCAGCAUAUUGUCUUAAUAUUUCUGUCUACAUGCGAGUUUUUCAGAGUUUCUCGUAUCAUUAAUAUUGUUUAUUCAUUUGGGAAAGCGCUAAACCCAUAAGAAUCAAACAGUGCCUGAAGAAUAGGAGGUACAGUUUUAAUCCUAAAUUUUACCUCACAGCUAUAAAAAAGAUAAUCAUGCACUUGUCUUAUCUGGUGCCUAUGUAAGGAUGAAAAGGCGUCUUCAUGCUGGUGAGAGGUUCAUCAUCCAGUGUAUUUGAGCUACCCUCCCUUCCUUACCUCAACCCCGUUACCUCCCACUCUCCAGACGCUGUAUUUUUCUUACAGGUUUAGUGCUUCCUCUGGAAUAAAAUUUGGUCUUUAUUGAAAUUUAUGUACAGUAGACCGUCAUUUAACACUGUAGUUACGUUCCUGAAAACACGGUGUUAGGUAAAACCGUGUUAGGUAAAACCGUGUUAGAUGAACUGAAGAACUUAUGGGAAAAAAUAGGGUACGUUCCUGAGAGCCCCAAAAAAGCCAAACAACUUUUCUUAGGCCUCCACAUUUUACAAAAAUAAAAGUGAAUAUGUAAUCAUAGUUCAUUAUGAUGUAUUAAGUUGUUUUCACUGCUUAAGACUACAAAUGUAACAGAAAUAACAAUAUUUCUUAUCUUAAAUUGUGGGUGCUGGUGUUUGUGAAUGAUUGUGAAGAGAGUGGAGUUAUGCUGUGACCCUACUGGGCUGAGGUGGAUGGUAGAAGUUCUGGUACUGAAGUUGAUGGCUGUACUGGAGCAUAACUUGGUCAUUAAGUCAGUCAGUCAAGUUCAGUAAGUCAGGCAAAUAAUUCGGUCAGUCAUUGAUUCAGUAAGUCAUUGAUUCAGUAAGUCAUUGAUUCGGUAAGUCAUUGAUUCGGUAAGUCAUUGAUUCGGCAAGUCAUUGAUUCGGCAAGUCAUUGAUUCGGCAAGUCAUUGAUUCGGCAAGUCAUUGAUUCGGCAAGUCAUUGAUUCGGCAAGUC